UUUGGUCAUCUCUGCUACAUCAGACGCUACACAAUCUUUGAAGUGCAAGAUAUGCCACAUAGUAAUCAGAGAAAUCAAGCUCCUUCGCAUAUUGGUAUUAUCCACCUGAAAUCUGGAAAAAUACCUCUACAUUAAAAUGCAUUUCAAACUGGUAGAAAUUUAGGAGAUAAAACAACGCACAGCUACCACUUUAAAAGCAUUUCUAAAAUAAGUCUUGUUCAUCCUCUUUGUGGGCGAGGGAAACUUAAGUAAAUAACAAAAUGGUAGAUGUGUUACAAUCAAGAUGUUUAGCAAAUAAUGUGAUUUCUCAAGCCUUCAAAACAACACAUAGAACACUAUUUGAUCAUUUUUGUAACCUAACAUAUCCACUACAUUAAAUACACUGAUCAGAUAUUCAUCAUUUAUGCAAGUUCUGACGCUUCUCCGCAUUAUUUUGCUCCCGCUCAACGAGGAUUAGGAAGACGGGAAGGGAAACGCAGCCGUGGUGUGUUAAAUAGGAGUGGUGUUGGCUGUCCUGUUCUUGCGAGUUCGUAGUUUUCAUUAUUGUUAUUAAUUUUUGGAACUUUUUCGAGAAGAACCAUGCCUGCAGUAGAUGAUAUUAAGUCAAGCUGGGCCGAUGAAAUAGAAGAAGAAUCUCCCGGAGCUUUACCUCCAUCCACUGAAGUAAUUGACCCAAAAGGUUAUAAGAUCGUAACAGAAUAUAAAUAUGAAGAUGACAAGAAAGUUAAAGUUGUCAGAACAUACAAAAUGGAACGUAUGAUUGUUUCAAAGAACAUUGCCUUCAGGAAAACUUGGAAGAAAUUUGGUCAAUCGGCAAAUGACAAGCCAGGUCCUGAUCCAGCUACUACUAUUGUUGGCGAGGAUGUAUUUUUGGUAUUCAUUUCAAGUAAGGAAGAAGAAAAUAAACCAGAAGAAGAUGGUCUUGAGAAACUGAAAGCUGUUGGAGAUAAGGGAGUUGUGAAAUGCCGUAAUUGCAGUGGAGAACAUUGGACCUCAAAAUGUCCAUACAAAGAUACUGUUCUUACUGGCAGUAAAAUACCUGAAAAGACUCCGUCCAUGGGUCUGAAUUUGGGUGAUGACAAGAAGCAGGUUGGAGGAAAAUAUGUCCCUCCAAGUCUUCGAGAUGGAGCAAAGCGUGUUGAUCCAGGAGUAAACCCACGUGCUCGUGAUGACACUACUGCAAUUCGUGUUUCAAACUUGUCAGAAAGUACUACAGAAGCUGACCUUGAAGAUCUGGUAAAACCUUUUGGCCCUAUUCACAAGUUAUAUCUGGCUAAAGAUAAGGGUACCAAUAGUUGCAAAGGAUUUGCUUAUAUUCACUUCAGAUUUAGAGGAGAUGCCCAGAAAGCUAUUAAUGUUCUGAAUGGUCAUGGCUAUGAUCAUCUUAUUUUGAGUGCUGAUUGGUCGAAGCCUGUUGCUCCCAAUAAUUAAAAUGUAUGUGGUAUAGGUCUUGAUACAAGAAUCAUAUUAUCCUUCUCGUUUUUAAAGGAUUAGUUUAAUUUUGAUAAUAGAUGGAUUCCAAUUAACAUCUUAAAUUCUGAUUGGGAAAGUAAUUAUCCUAUUCAUGUACAUUAUUCUGAAAAUGAUUAAUCAUCAUAAAUCCAAAACUGUUCAAUAAGUCUUCUUUAUUCUUAUUCAAUAAAUAUAUGAAGAAUUAAAUUUCCAUGAACUUCUUAUUUACAGCCCUUUAUCAAUUUCUUUUCUUUUUUUUUUUUUUUUCAUUUCUGAACAGAAUUCCUUAUCUUUUAAGGAUAUGAUGCCAAAAUAGAUUUUUUGGAUAGGCUGUUCUCAUAAGUAAUAAAAAAUUAAUAAUUGACUAAGUCACUAACAUGUGAUGGUAUUGGUAAAAGAAUUGACAGUAUAAUUCAGUAGUUUUUGUGGCACACCACACAAUACAAUUUUGCAGUUUGGGGUUGGGUUAGAUAGUAAUGAAAAUUGAAUUUGCAGAAUACAGUAAUACACUUUCCUAAAUUGUUUAGCAACUCUCUUGGUCUUGUGGCAGCUUGGGACAAAAAUUUCAGUAAUAUUACCUAUUGUUACGUGAUGGUCCUUUGCAAUUGUUUGGAUUGCUUUGUGGCCAAUUUUUGUGAACUAAAAUUAACAUGUCAGCUCCUUGUAGUAAAAGAUUGUUCUCAUUAUCUAUUGGGGAUCUAAGAUAUAGAUAAAAACAUAAGGGUACAGAUAUACUACUUAUAUAAAUAUAGAAUCUAAUUGUAUUGUUGACUCUCAAAAUGUAAAGACUUGAGAAUACAGUGGACCCAUCUUCAGUACAUACGUUAGAUUCUGAGAACGCAGUGUGCCUAAAUGACUAUUGCAAAUAUCAGAGGAACUAAAUUGAAUUCUUCAAUGGGAUGUGGCGACAAUAGCUGAAAGUUUUAUGUGGUGAUUCCUGCAGGGUCUCUAAAAUUGCUUUGCUGUUCCACACUGUUUGAGAGCUUGGUAUUGAUCAUAAAAGAAAAUUUGAAACAAAAUCAAACAAAUUUAUUAAAGAAAUUAAAACAUUUUCUGUUCAUUAUAAUGAAUGAUUAAUAUGGGCAUUUGAUUUUGUCCCAAUUUUUAAUGCUAGAAAACAAUAAAUUAAAAGGUAGUUGUGGGUAGACACUUGAGUAUUGUUCUUUUGGAAAAAAUGUUUCACUCACAGUUACUGUAAUUCUGUAUUAAAAAUAAAUUGUUUUGAAAUACCAGGAGAAUUUUUUGAAUGAAUACUUUUUUUCUAGCUGAAAUUUUGAAAGUGAAUGUUGCAAGAAAGAGUUCUGUUCUUUAAAGCAUGAUUUUGUAUUGGAAGAAGUUCAAAGACAUACGAAUAUUUCAUGGUUUGCCAUUAAAUUCUAUUUAAAUUUAACGAAUUUAUUUAAACAAAAUUUAGUUCAUUCGUGAUCGAGAAAAAAAUGUUCUUUGAACAGAAAGUAUUAUACAUUCACCAUGAUAUUUUUUUUCAUAUUUUAAAAUAUUUUGCUUAUUUGUAUCUCAGUGUGUUAGAUUUGAAGAUGGAAUAUAUGUUUUGCACAUGUGAAUUGAAUUGAAUUAAUGCCUUAUUUUACGUGGCGAGACUCAGGCCAUGAG